AUGGACGACGACAUGGACAUCGAUGGAGAUUUCCUGCCCGCCUGUCUACCUAAACACGAGCUUUGUGACUGGUUCGCCCAGAACAACCACGCUGGAUUCGAAGCUGCCUUGCUCAAGCGCCAAGAUGAAAUCCUCCGCCUCGCUCGCGUCCGCCAUGGUCUUGCCCUCAUGUCUGUUCCCCCGGGCUCCAGCGACAUCCCCUUGGUUGAACUCAUCGUCAUCAAGGAUAUGAUCGCCUACACUAAAGAGAUCCAGCACCUCCUCGAGAUCGCCCAUCUGUUCCAGAUUCGCAUCGCCAUCCACCAUGGCAUCAGCCGUAGCGAGACCGUCCUCCGACGCGACUUCCGCCGCUCUUUGGCAGUAUACGUCGCCAACUCGGCUCUUUUGUUCGCCCAGGACGUGAUUGAUGCGCAAGUCGAGGCGACGGGUAAAAUGCCUCUGCCGCCGCCGGGUCGUCCGCUCAAGUACUGCGACAGUCCUAGCUGCAACGCUAUCUUCUUGACUGGUAUUCCUGGCAAUGCUAUCGUUGGUCCUGGUGCGUGGGUCGUUAGCUGUCAGACACCGCACCACCAUCCCAUGGAUGCCGAUCAAUUCGUGGCUUGGGCUUGGGGGAGGCAACAGAGAGCUACAAUUUUGGGUCAUUGCGCUCCUGAUGGAACUUUGGAGUUGGAUUAA